AUGUAUCUUCUUAAAACUAAAAUAAUUUUCAUACUUUUUCUAAGUUUGAAACUUUUACAAGGAAGUGACUUUCCCCAACUAAAAAAACUCAAUAAAAUAGUUCGACUUAUUAAGAAAGAAGAAAAAUUCGAGACGAUAAUGAUUCUUCAACAUCAUCUUCAUGACAAUUGCAAGCUUCGGGAUUGGAAUCCUCUAGGAACUGCCAUCAUUCGGACAAAUGAUCUGGGAAACAUAAAGAUUAAGGCCAACUUUAAAAAGUACGUUUUGGCCAUAGUUUGUAUUGGUGAAAAUUCGCAUAUAGGAUUGCUAAAGAAUUUGGCUGAUGCUUUUGAAAACAUGCGACAAGAGAGGAUUAUUUUGUGGACACAAAUUGAAGUCACAGCAGAAUUUCUGAACGAAAUCUCUAAAAAGUCCACUGAGUUUGACUUUUACAGGCUAAUCGUAUUAGAUGGUAAUCAAAGUGAAAAUAUAUCCUAUCAUCAGCUUGAUCCAAUACCAAGUGCUCAUAUGAAUCGAAUUGAAAAUGUUUGGAAACUAAAUAGUUCGGUUUUCUACAAACCUAUUAAAAAUUUUCAAGGAAAGACGGCUUUGGUAAGGCGUUAUCCAAACGGAGGAACACCCACAAUCUCAAAAGAAGACAUGGAAAUUAUAGAAUUUGCCAAAAAACACAAUGUGACUCUUAAGUUUCUAGAGGGAAAUCUAACAAACACUGAUCAAUUUGAUAUACAGUUAACUCCACGCCUAGUGAGAAAAAAUCUGAUGCAAAAUCAUAUAAAGUUUGUAAAUCCCUACUGCUCGACGUCGAUAGUGGUUGUGGUGCCCUGCGGAACCUACAGGAGUUUUCACGAUUUUCUCCAGCAAUCUGGUGUCCAGAAAUGGAUUUUAUACAUCAUUUUUGUCUAUAUAAUAUUUGUUUUAAUUGAAGUUUUUAUACUUAAAGUAACAUAUUGGAUAACAAGAGAAAGAAACCAACAGAUGACACCUCAACCUCUGGUUAACUUGUACGCCUUUCGAGCCAUUUUGGGUCUACCAUAUCCCGAACAUCGCAGGGCAAGCCCAUCCUUGAGACAACUCUUUUUGGCCAUUGUGGUUUUUGGAAUGAUUUUUAGUAACUUUAUGAACUGCAAGCUGAGUGCCAUGCUAACAAGGCCUUUUAUUCGACCUCAAGUUAUGAACUUUGAAGAGUUGGCCCAGAGUGGCUUAACCACGGUUAUAGAUGAAAAUCUGUAUUCCUUUAUGGAAAGUGAAUUGGGUGAGGAAGUAAUUCAGAAAGUGAUGCCUAGAAAAUUGGUAAUGUCUUAUAACGAUAGAGUUAAGUUAUUCUUGUCAACGGUGGAUAACUACGCCUAUCCCAUGUUAGAAGAACACUGGGAAAAUUUGGAUAAAUAUCAAAAAUCCAAGGGCAUACGAGCCUACUGCACCUCCAAGUUCUUGACCAUCGUUGAAAAUUGGCCGAGAGUGUACGUUUUGCAGAAUAACUCACUAUUUCAGUGGCCACUAAGCAGGUUUGUGAUGUUCCUACAGGAAUCGGGUAUUACUAGGCAUUGGCAAAAAGAUAUUCCUAAACUGUUAAUGACUUCUUUUAACGUGUCCUCUUUUCCUGUUCCAAAGGGUCAUAAGUAUGCUUUAUGUGUGGAACAACUUAAGGGGCUAUGGUAUCUGCUUAUCCUGGGUUAUAGUGUUUCUAUAUUGGUUUUUCUGGGUGAGAUAUAUAUGAGGAAGAGACGGAGGACUUUUAAUGAUCCAGAGUUGAUGGUGUGA